AUGGACCCUUUAACAGAAGCAGUGGAAACGGGUGAAAUCAGACAAGAGGCUUCAUCAUCAAUGGUUACAACUCCAGUUUCAGUAGUCAGUAGUCCCUCCUUUAAAGUCUUCAGAGCAACAGAAGAAGAUGCACCACUGGAAAGAGGAGCAACAGCUCCACCUCAGCUUGAUCCCACCCCAAACCUGACAAUUUUAACCCCCACACUACAAAGUGGAGAAGCUCUAGGACCCAGGAACACAGAACCUGUGAUGAGUAAUGUUUCAGGCAAUGAGAAAAUAGAAAAAGAGGAAAUGGAAGACAAGUUUGAGACUGUUUCCCCCACAGGAAAAACAAUCCCAUUUCAAGGUGGAGAGCGAGUUAAUGGGACAGAGACAGAUGAAAAUGAAACAGAAUCAGAGGUGGAGGAAGGACAUAUUCCUGCAGACGGUGACAGAUUUUACAGUCGGUUCUCACCUGAUAUGAUCUCCCAGUUUAACAGUCUAGUCUUCAGCAUCCAGUCAGAGACUGAACUUCCACAGCAGGCUGUUAAAGCAGCAAAUCAGUCCCCUACAAACAUAGUCAUACGUCACGAGGCAGAUAAAACACCCGGGAUCAGAGGUCAAAGGGUCACCAGUUACAGUAGACCAGUGGUUCCCAAAGUGUGGGCCACGGCCCCCUGGUGGGCCGCGAAGGGAUACCAAGGUGUUAUGGGCAGGACUGGGCAGACUGGAUACAGAGGCCCUGUUGGUCCUCCUGGGAUGCCUGCUAUUGUUGUAUUUAAAACUUCUGAAGAAGAGUGGGAGGCUUUCAAGAAAAAGAAAAGCUACAAAAAGCUGAUAUCUUCUUGGCCGAAACUUAAGGGGCCUCCGGGGCCUCCUGGACCUCCUGGAGAUGAUGGACCAAUUGGACCGCCUGGAAUUACUGGAAAGCAAGGACCUAAAGGAGUUCAAGGAACAAUUGGCAGUCCUGGACCACAAGGUAUGCCAGGUCCCCCAGGCCGACCUGGAAGAGAUGGAACCCCGGGACACAGUGCUGACGCAGGCCCUCCCGGCUUACCUGGAGAGCAGGGUCCCAAAGGCUACAAAGGAGAGAAGGGCAGCAAAGGGGAGCUGGGUGAGUGGGGCAAAAUGGGCCCCAGAGGAGUAAAAGGUGUCUUAGGGAUUAAAGGACCCCCAGGUCAUCAAGGUGAAAUGGGCCCCAGAGGAGCAGCUGGGUCACAGGGAGAGCCGGGUCCAGAUGGAACAGUUGGGUUUCCUGGAGUCCGUGGCCCUCAGGGAAACCCAGGCCCAAAUGGACCUCCAGGUCCUAAAGGCAGCACUGGUGAUCAAGGAGAUGAAGGUGAAAUAGGUGAAACUGGACAACCUGGAUUUAAGGGAGCCAGUGGGAAUCCAGGAAAUCCUGGACCCUCAGGUGAUCCCGGUGUUAAACCCAAGAGAGGUGAGAAAGGUGAUCUAGGAUUCAAGGGAGACCAGGGUCCUCGAGGGCCUACAGGUAAACAGGGAUCAAAGGGGCAUCAAGGACCAAUGGGACUUGAGGGACCAGGGGGACAUGCAGGGCUAACAGGACUUCCUGGACCCACUGGCUUUGAUGGCAUCAUGGGAGAGCCGGGGAAGCACGGAAAAGAUGGCUCUAAGGGAAACCCAGGAGCAGCUGGUAUGCCAGGAAGUCCUGGGCCUCGAGGCAGUAAGGGUCGAGAAGGUCGAGCAGGAUUUUCUGGACUUCCUGGUCCUAUUGGACUAAUGGGAAUCUCAGGAGAGAGGGGACUUCAAGGAGAACCUGGUAUUAAGGGAAAGAUUGGAGUCCCGGGGAUGGCUGGUUCAAAAGGCCUGAAGGGAUUUCAAGGUCAUCUGGGAAACAGGGGGCAGGAUGGCAGUCGUGGAGACUUGGGGCCUUUCGGUGCAAAUGGGAUAAACGGAGAUGCUGGAGCUCCAGGACUAAAAGGACUGUCUGGAAAAACAGGACCUCCUGGAAUUCAAGGACCUGUGGGAAUGAGUGGGGAACCUGGCAGUCAAGGAAUGAAGGGGACAUCAGGAAAGCCAGGAAAGAGAGGGAUUGUAGGCAAACAAGGUCCCACUGGACUAACGGGAAGCGAAGGAUUUAAGGGUACAAGAGGAGCGGAGGGACCAAAAGGAAAACAAGGCCCUCAAGGAGAGAUGGGCAUGCCUGGACCACAGGGAUACAGAGGACCUCCUGGUAUCCAUGGCAACAUUGGACCAUGGGGUGAGGUUGGGUCCCGUGGCCUUCCAGGUGAUCAAGGCCCACAAGGUCCAGUUGGCCCUCCUGGAGUUACAGGUUACCCUGGUAAAGAUGGAAGUCAAGGACCACCUGGAUCAGCUGGUGCUGAAGGAGAUAAGGGAUCCAGAGGACCUGUGGGGCAAGAGGGAGUUGCUGGUCUCGAUGGUGAGGAGGGACCAACUGGACUGAAAGGAUUUCAAGGGCCAGCUGGCCAAAAAGGCAUAUCUGGUGAUGAGGGGAACACUGGACCUGCUGGGCAGAAAGGACCAAAGGGAUCUGAGGGUGAAAGAGGGAACCGAGGGCCACAGGGACCAAAGGGGCCACGAGGGAAACGGGGAUACAGGGGUGCACCCGGAGAUAGAGGAAAACAGGGGAUCUCAGGGCUCAAGGGUGAGCUAGGUACCAGGGGGUUAUCAGGCACUCCUGGGCAAUUUGGAGCUGGAGGCAAAACCGGGGCAGCAGGAGCCAAAGGCCAGAAGGGGCUCCAGGGACUCACUGGUCCCCCUGGUAGUAUAGGCCCUCCUGGACAAAUGGGACCAUCACCACCUGGUUUACCUGGCAAGACAGGUGUUGAGGGUAGAAAUGGAAUGCCUGGACCAAAGGGCAACCUUGGUGAGAAGGGUGAGCUAGGUCCUCUGGGCAUUAAGGGAGACAUGGGCACAAAAGGCACAAAAGGCACAAAAGGCGAGCCUGGGGUACAAGGGAAAGUGGGCACAGUGGGGAAGAUAGGGUUCAUUGGCUCUCCAGGCCCUAAAGGUCAAACUGGACCCACUGGCCCUCCUGGUCUUCCAGGAACUAAAGGAAUUCAGGGACCAAAGGGAAAAACUGGUGAGCCAGGAACAAAAGGAACAACAGGAGCUGCUGGGAAAAUUGGUCCUGAAGGCCUGCCUGGGAGAUCAGGACCUGAUGGCCAACCUGGAAAACCCGGGCUGAGUGGUUUGGAUGGGUUGCUGGGAGUUCAGGGUAAUGAGGGAGAUCCGGGCGACACUGGCUACAGAGGAGCUCCUGGAACACCAGGCAGACCAGGAAAGAUGGGAAAACCUGGACCUCCUGGAAUUAGAGGAAACACUGGAGAAGGAGGGUUUCAGGGUAAAACUGGUCCAAAAGGAACACAAGGACCUCCUGGACCCAUUGGGCCACAGGGUAUUCCAGGUCUGAGAGGAGAGAAAGGUGACUCUGGAAAUCUUGGUUCAAAAGGUCUCCCAGGUGACACCGGGAUCCUGGGACCAAUUGGUCCACCUGGACUAAAGGGGAAUCCUGGUUUGCACGGAUUAAAAGGUGAACAAGGUGAUAAAGGAAAACAGGGGGACGCUGGUCCUCAUGGUCCAACUGGGCGGAAAGGCUUCCCAGGAGUCCCUGGCCACCCUGGAAUGAAGGGAGUGAAAGGUGUCCAAGGAAAGAGAGGACCAAAGGGAAUGAAGGGCAAGCCUGGACCUCAAGGAAAAGCAGGUACACCUGGCAAAUGGAAGCCUACACAGAAACCAAUUAAAAGAAAUAGUGCCAGGAUAUGGUCUCGAGAAGAUGAAGCAGAGGAAUUCUUCAGCUGGCCCAUUGGGACCAAAGAUGAUCCUGGAACCACUUGCCAUGAGCUGAGACUCAUACAUCCACAUCUAAAUGAUGGUUACUUUUACAUGGACCCAAACCAAGGCUGUCCCUACGAUGCAUUGCAGGUCUUCUGUAACUUCACAGGAGGGGGAGCAACCUGUAUAGAACCUCUUCACUCAAAGAUUAAAAUAAGGUGGAAUCCAGAAAUGAAAUACACGAGGACAUCUGUAAGGAGAUUUAGUCACCAGCAUGAUGGAAAAAAGUUUGAGUACGCUGGUAUGGAUGUUGUCCAGCUGAGGUUUCUGCGGUUGCAGAGCCAUGCAUCUUUCCAGCACAUCACCCUCAGCUUUACAGCAAACCAGACAAGCACCGCUGCCACCGAUGAUUUAGCCAGUCAGAUUAUCCACUUACUGGGAGACUCUGGAAAAGGAAUUGAAUCACACUUUAUCACAAUGUCCAGAAAACACUCUGAGCUGGAGCUGUUUGUGAGGGUUCGUGGGAGCACAGAGUUACAUCGAGGUGAUAUGGAGUUACUUCCUGUCAGAGAUCUGGGCGUAGAGAUGAGCAGUGUCUCCCAGCUUGUCUCUGAGAUCUCUGUGGCAUUGGGUCCCAUGUGUUUCUUGUGACCAAUGAGUGUGUGUGUGU